AUGGUGAUCACUGAUAAGGAGUCAGGUAAUGGCUCUGUUACACCCAUAAAAAUAAACAACGCACCUUAUUUUAGAAAUUUAGAAAGUUUAGAACCGAAUGGACAGCAGUAUUAUGAUAAAAUUAUAAAUAACUACAUCCUGCAAAUUUCGAAACAAAGUAGGCUACAUAAUCCCUCGAGCCUUGCCAUUUUAAAGGAAGGAAUGAAAAUUGUUUAUGGUCGCAGAAGCAUUUUGUUUUGUAUAGAUGUCGAAGCAUGGGAGGUAAAUACAAAAGUAGUGACAGAAUUGGGUAUUGCAAUUUUCGAUCCUAGGAAACAAGGCAAUGCUUUAAUGCCUAAUAUAACACUGAUUCAUAUUAUCAUAAAAGAAAACAUGAGGCGAAAAAAUGGAAGGUUUGUGCCUGAACAUUCACGUAAUUACAAUGGUAAAACGACUUACAUAUUAUCUGAAAUAGAAGCAGUCAAAUUCAUACAGAGCCUUAUCCAGUACUAUUUUAUCGAUAUUAGACAUAAAAGACAAUGCUAUUUAGUUGGGCAUGAUGUAAGAGGUGACAUUCAGUGGAUGCUGAAACUAGGUAUCCAUUUUCCAGCAGACACAAGUUCUUUAGAUACGCAGAAAAUUUAUGCUGCGAGUCAUGGCAUGAAUGGAGCUAGUUUGAAGAACGCUUUGCGAUCUGCAGACAUUCCACAUGCAUUUCUUCAUAAUGCAGGUAAUGACGCAUACUAUACGUUGGUUCUUGCUUUAAGGUUAUGUGAUCCUCAGAGUAGAGCUUUGAGUACAUUAGAUAAACCACAUCCAAUAUUGCCAAAGAAGAAAUUAAGGCCAAAUUGUAGCGAAGGAGAAUUUAUUGAUAGUGCUGAAGCAUUGAUAUCAAGACUAUAUGUACAGGAGUAUACACAUGACGAAGUUCAUGAGAGCAAUGGUGAAGAGGUUUAG